AUGCGCUCCCUCCCCUCCGCCCUGCUCGUCUUGCUGGCCGCGGCCACCGGCCACUGCACCACCACGGUCCAGGUGAACCCACUGCCCGCGCCCCAGGAGAUCAGCUGGGGCUCCUCCGGCGCCAUUCCCGUCGGGUACCUGUCGCUGCAGACGGUCAACGCCAACUGGGGCACUCACGACAACGUGCGCAUCGUCAACGACGCCUGGAACCGCGCCUUCAAGGCCAUCACCACCAUCCGCUGGGUGCCCCAGGCCGUCGAGAAGCCCAUCCCCGUCUUCGAGCCCUUCCCCGGCCACGGCAACGCCAGCAGCAAUGCUAAGCGGGCCGCCGCCGCCGCCGAUGCUUCCUCGGGCUCGCGCUGGCUCAAUGAGGUCAGCCUCAAGGUCGCCGACUGGACCGCGGACCUCAAGCACGGCGUGGACGAGAGCUACACGCUCGACAUCACCGCGUCGUCCUCGCAGGUGCAGGUCACCGCCAAGACGGCCUGGGGCGCGCUGCACGCCUUCACCACGCUGCAGCAGAUGGUCAUCUCGGACGGCCGCGGCGGGCUCGUCGUCGAGCAGCCCGUCAGCGUCAAGGACCACCCCAACUACCCGUACCGCGGCGUCAUGGUGGACACGGGCCGCAACUUCAUCUCGGUCGGCAAGCUGCGCGAGCAGAUUGACGGCCUGGCGCUGUCCAAGAUGAACAUCCUGCACUGGCACAUCACCGACGACCAGUCCUGGCCCAUGCGCCUCGACGCCUUCCCCGAGUUCACCAAGGACGCCUACUCGGAGCGCGAGACGUAUUCUGCGAAUGACGUGGCCGACGUGAUUGCGUACGCGCGCGCGCGCGGCGUGCGCGUGAUGCCGGAGAUUGACAUGCCGGGCCACUCGUCGUCCGGCUGGCAGCAGCACGACAAGGACAUCGUCACCUGCCAGAACAGCUGGUGGUCCAACGACAACUGGCCGCUGCACACAGCUGUGCAGCCCAACCCGGGCCAGCUGGACGUGCUCAACCCCAACACGUACAAGACGGUGGAGAAGGUGUACGCGGAGCUGUCGAAGCGCUUCCCGGACGAAUUCUUCCACGUCGGCGGUGAUGAGCUGCAGACGGGCUGCUUCAACUUUAGCCGCACCAUCCGCGAGUGGUUCGCCGCGGACGCCAGCCGCACCUAUUCCGACCUCAACCAGCACUGGGUCGACACGGCGAUGCCCAUCUUCACCAGCGAGAAGAACACGGGCGGCAAGAAGGACCGCCGGGUGGUCAUGUGGGAGGACGUGGUGCUGUCGCCCGACGCGGCGGCCAAGAACGUGUCCAAGGACGUCAUCAUGCAGUCGUGGAACAACGGGGUGACCAACAUCCGCAAGCUGGUCGACGCCGGGUACGACGUCAUCGUGUCCAGCGCCGACUUCUUGUACCUCGACUGCGGCUUCGGCGGCUACGUGACCAAUGACCCGCGGUACAACGUCCAAGAAAACCCGGAUCCCACCGGCGCCACCCCGUCGUUCAACUACGGCGGCAUCGGCGGCUCCUGGUGCGCGCCGUACAAGACCUGGCAGCGCAUCUACGACUACGACUUUGCGGCCAACCUGACGGAGGCGCAGGCCAAGCACAUCAUCGGGGCGGCGGCGCCGCUGUGGUCGGAGCAGGUGGACGACACGGUGAUUAGCGGCAAGAUGUGGCCGCGGGCGGCGGCGCUGGCGGAGCUGGUGUGGUCGGGGAACCGGGACCCCAAGACGGGCAAGAAGAGGACGACGGCGUUGACGCAGAGGAUCCUGAAUUUCAGGGAGUAUCUGGUGGCGAGUGGUGUGGGCGCGACGCCGGUGGUGCCAAAGUAUUGUCUGCAGCAUCCGCAUGCGUGUGAUUUGUACUAUGACCAGGAGGCGGUCAAAUAG